GGGCCAGGUGUGGCGCACACGCGUGCGGGGCUCUGGGUGCCCGUGCAGGGCUGGCGCAGCGUGUGCAUGACAGGCAUUGCGCAUCCAUUCCAGGCUUUGCACAUCUGUCCUGGUGCUGCACCGCUGGCGUGGGUCCAGCACAUCUGUCCCGGACACCGUGUGCGUGUGUCCCUGGCACGGUGUGGCUCUGCCUCCGGUAUGCCGGUCGCUAGAUGGCAGCACGGCCACGUGGCGUGCGGUUGGCAGUGCCAGCGCGGUCCCUGUCCCCUCCACGCCGGGUGCAGGGCGGGACCCCGAGCCGUGGGUACCCCCACAAGCGAGGGGCCAGGUCGCCGUGGGGAGGCAUCGAUCUCCCCUGGUAGAAGCGGAGAGUCCCCGUCCCGUCCCCCGCUAGCCCUAUACACACGGCGAGACACAAGCACGGCCUGGGGUGUUUUGUCCACCCGCGGCUGCCGUAGCAACCCCCGGAAGUGUCUCCAUGGAGACAGGAGGAGGCUGGGCCCGGCCGGGGCAGCGAUGGAGAAAUACGAGCGGAUCCGGGUGGUGGGGAGAGGGGCCUUCGGCAUCGUGCAUCUCUGCCUGCGCAAGGCCGACCAGAAGCUGGUGAUCCUGAAGCAGAUCCCGGUGGAGCAGAUGAGCAAGGACGAGCGGCUGGCGGCGCAGAACGAGUGCCAGGUCCUCAAGCUGCUCAGCCACCCCAACGUCAUCGAGUACUACGAGAACUUCCUGGAGGACAAGGCGCUCAUGAUCGCCAUGGAGUACGCCCCAGGGGGCACACUAGCAGAGUUCAUUCACAAGCGCUGCAACUCCUUGCUGGAUGAGGACACCAUCCUGCACUUCUUCGUGCAGAUCCUCCUGGCUCUCCACCACGUGCACACCAAGCAGAUCCUGCACCGUGACCUGAAGACUCAGAACAUCCUCUUGGACAAGCACCGCAUGAUUGUCAAGAUCGGAGACUUUGGCAUCUCCAAAAUCCUGAGCAGCAAGAGCAAAGCCUACACGGUUGUGGGAACCCCAUGCUACAUCUCCCCAGAGCUCUGCGAAGGGAAGCCUUACAACCAGAAGAGUGAUAUCUGGGCUCUGGGCUGUGUGCUCUAUGAACUCGCCAGCCUCAAGAGGGCUUUCGAAGCUGCGAAUCUUCCUGCCUUGGUACUGAAGAUCAUGAGCGGGACGUUUGCCCCAAUAUCAGACAGAUACAGCCCCGACCUGCGCCAGCUCAUCCUUAGCAUGCUGAACCUGGAUCCUUCCAAGCGGCCCCAGCUGAAUGAGAUCAUGGCCCAGGCCAUCUGCAUUCGGCCCCUUCUGAACCUCUACACUGACGUGGGCAGUGUCAAGAUGAGAAGGCCUGAAAAACCCUUGGCUCCGGUGCCAACAGUGAGCCACAGCUGGACAGGGGGACGAGUGAGCAGUGCCAGGCCGAGGGGUGUUCGAGGGGGCUCGGCCAGGACAGGAAUCCCUCCUCCAUUGUCAUCCAUCUACACGUGGGGGAGCGGGAUCACCACCCCUCUCCGACUGCCCAUGCUUAACACUGAGGUGGUGCAGGUGUCUGCAGGCAGGACACAGAAGGCUGGGGUCACCAAGUCGGGAAGGCUCAUCCUGUGGGAGGCUCCCCCAGUGGGUGCUGCAGGAGGCCCUUCCCUCCCUGGAGCCACUGAGCAGCUCCAGCCUCAGUUUGUGUCCCGCUUCCUGGAGGGUCAGUCUGGUGUGACCAUCAAACACGUGUCCUGUGGGGAUCUCUUCACAGCCUGCCUCACAGACAGGGGGAUAAUCAUGACCUUCGGCAGCGGCAGCAAUGGCUGUUUGGGGCACGGAAACUUCAUGGAUGUGAGCCAGCCCAAGAUCGUGGAGGCCCUUCUGGGCUAUGAGAUGGUGCAGGUGGCCUGUGGCGCAUCCCACGUCCUGGCAGUUUCCAACGAACGGGAAGUGUUUGCCUGGGGCAGGGGGGAUAAUGGCCGGCUCGGGCUGGGUACCCUGGAGUGCCACAGCUCCCCCCAGCAGGUCACAGUCCCACCGGAGCAUGAGGUCCACAGAGUCAUCUGUGGCAUUGAUUCCUCCAUGGUCCUCACUGUGAAGAACCAGAUUCUUGCCUGUGGGAGCAAUAGGUGUAACAAGCUGGGCCUGGAUCGGAUUAGCUCAGCAGAGGAGCCCUCCCCAGAGGACCAAGUGGAAGAGGCCACCGUGUUCAUGUGUGCCCAGUCGUUCCCCUUGAACCAAGAGCCAAUCGUGUGUGCUGACAUAGGUACAGCACACUCAGCUGCAGUCACAGCUUCUGGCCAGUGUUACACCUUUGGCAGCAACCAGCACGGGCAGCUGGGCACCAGCUCCUGCCGCAACAGCCGUGUACCCCACCUGGUUGUGGGGCUCCAGGCGAUGAAGGUCACUGUGGUGGCUUGUGGGGAUGCCUUCACUGUGGCCAUUGGUGCAGAUGGUGAGGUGUGCACAUGGGGGAAAGGAGCCAGGGGACGCCUGGGCAGGAAGGAUGAGGAAACAGGAACCCCAAAGCCGGUGCAGCUGGAGGAGACACAUCCCUACCUGGUGACCUCCGUCGCCUGCUGCCACGGGAACACGCUGCUGGCAGUAAAGCCUGCUGUGGAAGAGUCGCCUUCCCAGUGAGUCUGAGUCGAGAGGGGACACAUCCAGCUGCCUGGAAUGCCUUGUCCUCAGUGCUUCCUGAUGGCUCAGCCCUGCAUCCCCAGGCUCAGGAGCUCCCAACAGGAAACAGGGAGCUCCUAACGAUGGUUCCCAUGGAACCGGAGCUGGUCUCUCCUAUGGAAUCAACGAGGGUCACUGUGAACCUUCAGUGCCUGAGAGCUGCUGCCCUGGAUGUGCCAUGGGGUGGACAUCCCCAGAGCUCUGCUGCUGCUCUCAAUGGGGAAGCCUCCCCUCUGGAGGUGCCUGUGUGGAAGGGUGAGGAGCACAAAGGUUGUUUUCCCAGUGGAAGCUGUCUCUGGUUACAGAGCCCAGGCUGACAGCUCGGUGUCUGAGAGAGCUGUCAGCCUGUGCACAGCAGUGUCUGGAGUUAGGGCCCCAGGCACUACUCGGGGUGACUAAGUGCAAACCUCUUUGCUAAUUAGAGAAGCCUGGCCUGUCCCAUCCCCCAAAGAGCAUUUCACCCGUUUGUUGGGCUGUUUAUCAUGCUUCUGAGGGUCCUGCUCUGCCCAGCAGGACGGACCCGGCGUGAACAGCCCCUUUGUGCAGCACAACCUGGUUUGGCUCUCCCAGAACACAGCCUGGAGCUUUCCAAUUAGAGCCUCCCCCAAGCACCAGGAGCUCACCAGAGGAUCCUCCAGCUGACAUUUGUCCUCAGGCCCCUAAAUCCUGCUGCUGACCAGCUCACAGGCUCCCAGCUGAGCUAGCGGAAGGCAGGGAAACCCAACCAGGGAUUGUCAGCACUUGAAGGUUUUUAACCCAGAUCUCUCCAGGGGGGUGAUGAGCUUUCAGCAGGGAUCCUGUGUGCAGGCAGGAGGGGGCAUAUCACCAUGUCACAGACGGGAGCUGCAGGUUUUAUCUCCAGAAGGGUCUUUUCCUUUCCUUCCCCCCCCCCUUCCUUUUCCUUUUUUAAGUUCCAUCUGCCCUGGGCCAGUUUUUGAUGAGCUCCUGUCUCUGAUCUGUCUGACACUGCAACCGCUCCUGCCUUUCACAUCCAUCUUUGUGCCGUUGCCAGUCUGUUGUGGAUAAAGUCAGGGCUUUCAUGAGCUGGCUGAGAUGAAA